UGAGGCGGAGCUGUGCUGCGUCGCCUGAAGGAGCCGCGGUGAAGCGCAGCUGAAAAACAAAGCAAGCAAAUAAACGGACACACGCGGCCAUGGAGUGUCCGCACCUGAGCUCUAGUGUGUGUGUUGCUCUGGACUCGUCUCGCUUCCAGAGCGGCUCUCCUUCCUCCUGGUGCUGCGGCGUUUGCCGAUCAAACAAAAGUCCUUGGGUGUGUCUCACCUGUUUGAAUGUGCAUUGUGGACGGUAUGUAAACGGACAUGCAAAGAAGCAUUUUGAGGACACGCAGAACUCCGGCUGCCAUCAGAAGAAGUGUGAGAAGCAGGAGAAGGAGAAACCGCAGCACUCGGUGUGCAUGGACUGCAGCAGUUACAGCACAUACUGCUACCGCUGUGACGACUUUGUUGUAAAUGACACAAAGAUGGGUCUAGUGCAGAAAGUGAGAGAACAUCUUCAGAGCCUGGAAAACUCUGCACUAGCUUUAGAUCGACACAGGAAAAGGAAACUUCUGGAAAGUUCAUCCAACAGUAGCAAGCUUGUAAAAGACAGUGGAGUGGUCACGGCUCACUGUGCUACCGGCCUCCGUAACUUAGGCAAUACGUGCUUCAUGAACGCCAUCCUCCAGUCCCUCAGUAAUAUUCAACAGUUCUGCUGCUAUUUCAAGGAGCUUCCUGCAGUGGAGUUGCGCAGCGGCAAAACAGCAGGGAGAAGAAUGUACCACACACGAAGUCAGGGAGACACUAGUGUUUCACUGGUGGAGGAGUUCCGGAAAACGCUGUGCUCUCUCUGGCAGGGUAGUCAGACCGCCUUCAGCCCAGAUUCUCUCUUUUAUGUUGUCUGGAAAAUCAUGCCAAAUUUCAGGGGUUACCAGCAGCAGGAUGCCCAUGAAUUCAUGCGCUACUUGCUGGACCAUCUUCAUCUGGAGCUGCAGGGCAACCACAGCAGAGUGAUAAUGUCUACUCUUUCUGAAGGGGGACUCCAGUCCUCCCCAGGGGACAAAUGCUGCAUAAACGGGACCUCCACGAUUGUCACAUCAGUGUUUGGUGGCGUGCUGCAGAAUGAGGUGAACUGCUUGAUAUGUGGGACAGAAUCCAAAAAGUUUGAUCCAUUCCUCGACCUCUCACUAGACAUUCCCAGCCAGUUCAGAAAUAAGCGAACAAAGAACAUGGAAAAUGGGCCAAUUUGCACCUUACAAGACUGCCUUCGCAGCUUCACAGACCUUGAGGAACUGGACGACACAGAGCUCUACAUGUGCCACAAGUGUAAGAAGAGACAGAAAUCCACAAAAAAGUUCUGGAUCCAGAAAUUGCCAAAGGUGCUCUGCUUGCACCUAAAGCGAUUUCACUGGACAGCUUACCUGAGGAACAAAGUGGACACCUAUGUGGAGUUCCCCCUCCGAGGCCUAGACAUGAAGUGCUACUUACUUGAGCCCGAAAACAUGGGGCCAGAGAGCUGCUUGUAUGACCUUGCUGCUGUGGUGGUACACCAUGGGUCCGGGGUGGGAUCCGGCCACUACACGGCUUACGCCAGCCACGAGGAUCGCUGGUUUCAUUUCAACGACAGCACAGUAACGUUAGCGGAUGAGGACGCUGUGGCCAAGGCCAAGGCCUACAUCCUGUUCUAUGUGGAGCGGCAGGCCCCAGCAAGCGCUGACGCCAAGCUUUGAUGGCCACUAAAGCCUUCUUGCGGCACUGCGCCAGUCCAGUUCAUCAGCACCCACACUUGACCCAGAUGACUUACCUCCAUUUCUCCUGCACUUUUAUCAGGUCGCUCUUGUGAUUUUAUUAUUAUUAUUUUUUAGUUUGUACGUGAAUCGUUUUUUAACAGUUUAAAACGGAGAACCUCCAAGAAACCUACUAUCUGCUUUUUAUGAAAGAUUGUUAGAAACUUAAGAGUAUUUGCUUUUUAUAGCUUUGUGUUCAAUUCCUCUGAGACUUGUUUACAUUAGAGGUAACUGUGCCAUCAUAAGUACUUGUCCCUUAUCUUGAAUUAAACCAAGGGACUGGGUAGUCUAAGACCCAUAUUACAUGUUUUUUAAUCUUAAUGUAAUGAGAUUUUACAUGAUCUGUGACUCUUGGAUCAUGACCUGCAGACAUAUUUUGGAUUACCCCUUCCCUCUAUCAGUGUGCAUAUGUCUUACAUCAAAUUUCUCUGUGAUUUAUAUAAUAUCAAGUUAAUUUUUCUUUUUUUUUGAGAUGGACAACCAUACUCUGGGAAAGCCUGUGGAUGGCACAGCUGCAGUACUCCCCAGUCCUCAUAAGACAAAAACAGCAGAUCAUGUAGACAUGUUUCUUUUUGAAAUUCAAAAAUACUGGAUUAAAAUCAAAGCAACUUGCACCUACGGUUUAAAUAAGGAAGGUCCUCCUUUGAAAAAUAGUGAAGCAGUUAAAUAUGAAAUUUCAUUUAAAUGGGGUUGUUUUUACUGAAUCUGGAUUUGUUAUACGAUAAUGUACCACCUGAUAAUAUAUUACAGAAGAAGCGAGUAAUACAUGUUUGUAUACUGAAGUGUGUAAAAUUAGGUAUGGAUGCAUAUCCAUAUACAGUAGCACGUACUGUAAGAAACAUUUACAUGACUGAAAAGUGCUGCGAAAACAACAAAUUAGGGUUGUGUUCUGGCAACAAUUAUAGCUCACUGUCCAAAGCAUAGCCCUGCACAGUGGUGAAACAUCUUCAUUUUGUUAAAUGCGUAAUAAAGAUUGUUGAGAGAAUCUGGUGGUUCCAACAAAAUCUUUGUUGACCUUACAGAAGAUUUUUAUGUAACCGCAGCCAGUUACUUGAGUGGUCAAAUGGCCUUUUGAGAUUAUUUGUCUGGAGCAACUCUUGCUUCAUAGUUCUUUGUGUUUUUGCCAAGUCUUGCUUAAGUCUUUUCAACCUUUUCUCUUAUUUUACAUGUCUCAAAAUUAGACACGGACCAUAACAACUAAGCGGUGGAUUAAGAACUAAGCCAUGCCUCUAAUUUGCAGAAGAUCUGUGUGUUAAUGAGUCAAGUUGUUUUCGGUGAAAUAUUCAGAUAUUCUAAGUACCUGUGCAAUUACUGGUAAUGAACCAAAAUGGAACAAUCUCUAAAACUUUGACAGAAUGACUUGAAAAUUUAAGCACAGCCACAUCAGUGUGUUUUCAUAUGUAGUAAUAAACAGCUUUGAAGUGUAAUUAUGCUUUUGCCCUACUUUUCUGUUUUUUUCACAUACUGUGUAUGAUGUAUAUAUGUAUUUUCAACACUGCAGUUGUAUAACAUGUAGGUGAACAAGAAGUCCUACAACAGCUCCAACACAAUUUUGGUCACAGCAACCAAGGGCUGUAGCACAAAUAUCUAAUGGAAGGUUACGAAAUAUAUUAUUACAUUUGUGACAACUGAAGUGUGUCAUUUAGUUCUUUGUUUGGACAGUCUCCCCUAGAAUUAAUGUCACGUGGAGUCUUUUCCUCUUCAUUGAACAGAUGGGAUAUGGUCAAACACAGCCCGGUGUCACCGAGGGUCAGAACUUUCCAUUGCAUUUGCUUUAGCGCCACGGUUCCGAGUGCUGCUCGUGGGUGCGCACAGGAUCGACGCGGGCAAUCCUCUCGCAGUGUGUGGAGAACAUGGCAGAAUCUCUAAUGAAAUGGAAACCUGAA